AUGGUGGUGACCGGCUCAGCCCGAGGCGGCGGCGGCGGCGGCGGCGGCGGCGGCGGCGGCGGGGGGGACCGCGCGCCCUCCCGGCGGCGGCGGCGGCGGGACUGCGGACUCGCGCCGGCCGGGGCGGCGGCGCUGCUGGCCGGGGCGAGCUGCCUGUGCUACGGCCGCUCCCUGCAGGGCGAGUUCGUGCACGACGACGUGUGGGCGAUCGUGAACAACCCCGACCUGCGGCCCGGCACCCCGCUCCGCUGGGGCAUCUUCGCCAACGACUUCUGGGGCAAGGGCAUGGCUGAGAACACCAGCCACAAGUCCUACCGGCCGCUCUGCGUCCUCACCUUCAAGCUAAACAUAUUUUUGACUGGCAUGAACCCAUUUUACUUUCAUGCAGUGAAUGUAAUUUUGCACUGCCUGGUGACUCUUGUGCUGAUGUACACCUGUGACAAAACAGUCUUCAAGAAUCGUGGACUCGCUUUUGUUACGGCAUUGCUCUUUGCUGUGCAUCCUGUUCACACAGAGGCGGUAGCUGGAAUUGUUGGCAGAGCUGAUGUGUUAGCGUGCCUGCUGUUUUUGUUGGCCUUUCUCUCCUACAACAGGAGUGUGGACCAGUGCUGUGCUGGGGAGUGUUUCCCUUCCACGGCCUCUCCUUUCUUCUUGCUGCUCGGUUUGUUCCUGGGGACCUGCGCCAUGCUGGUGAAAGAGACCGGCAUCACCGUGUUCGGAGUGUGCUUGGUGUAUGAUUUGUUUUCCCUAUCCCACAAGCAAGAGAAAUCGAGCAAUGGGGUCAUCCCUCAGCGCAGCCCCCAGCAGCCGGGGAACCCUCAGCCCUCACUGCCAGCUCACCCCCUCCGGCAGAAUGGGAAGCAGCAGCGGUUCCCUCACAAAGGAGCCUGGAGUGGCUGCCACUCGCCAUUGCCACCAGAACCCAAGAGCAGUGGAUUCCCAGUAUCUCCUCGAGCUGUGUGGUCCAUGAUGAGGUAUCUGACUGCAAGCAGUAAUAGAAAUUUCCUGCUUACCAUGCGGCCAUUCUUAAAAAGGGCCAUUUUGGUCAUAAGUUAUGUGAUUGUUGUGUUGUACUUCCGCCUGUGGAUAAUGGGAGGAUCGAUGCCCCUCUUUUCAGAACAAGAUAAUCCAGCUUCAUUCUCCCCUUACAUUCUCACAAGAUUCCUUACAUAUUCCUACCUCUUGGCCUUCAACGUGUGGCUUCUGCUUGCACCUGUUACCCUGUGCUAUGACUGGCAGGUCGGCAGUAUUCCUCUGGUAGAGACCAUCUGGGACAUUCGGAAUCUCGCCACCAUCCUUCUGGCGGUAGUGAUGACCUUACUGAGCCUGCAUUGUUUAGCCGCCUUCAAGAGACUGGAGCACAAGGAGGUGUUGGUGGGCUUGUUGUUCCUGGUUUUCCCGUUCAUUCCAGCCAGCAAUCUCUUCUUCAGGGUGGGAUUUGUUGUGGCCGAGAGAGUCCUUUACAUGCCCAGCAUGGGCUACUGCAUCCUUUUUGUGCAUGGACUAAGCAAGCUCUGCAAUUGGCUAAAUCGAUGUGGAGCCACCACCCUGACAGUGUCCACUGUGCUGCUGCUGCUGCUUUUCUCCUGGAAAACUGUAAAGCAGAAUGAAAUCUGGCUGUCAAGAGAGUCCCUCUUCAGGUCUGGAGUUCAAACUCUGCCCCACAAUGCCAAGGUUCACUACAACUACGCAAAUUUCCUGAAGGAUCAAGGUCGGAACAGAGAAGCGAUCUACCACUACAGAACGGCCCUCAAGCUGUAUCCACGCCAUGCAAGUGCCCUGAACAACCUUGGAACUCUAACAAGGAACACAGCAGAGGCAAAGAUGUACUAUCAGAGGGCUCUCCAGCUAAAUCCACAGCACAACCGGGCUCUGUUCAAUCUUGGGAAUCUCCUCAAGUCCCAGGAGAAAAAAGAAGAGGCUGUCACUUUGCUGAAAGAUUCCAUUCGAUAUGGUCCAGACUUUGCAGAUGCGUAUUCAAGCCUCGCUUCAUUACUGGCUGAGCAGGAGAGAUUUAAGGAAGCUGAAGAAAUGUACCAGGCUGGAAUAAAGAACUGUCCAGAGAGCUCAGACUUACACAACAACUAUGGAGUUUUCUUAGUUGAUACUGGCUCUCCCGAGAAGGCAGUGGCCCAUUACCUACAGGCCAUCAAACUUAGCCCGAGUCAUGACGUGGCCAUGGUGAACCUGGGGAGGCUCUACCGGUCUCUGGGAGACAACAGCAUGGCUGAAGAGUGGUACAAACGCGCCCUGAAGGUGGCACGCAAAGCAGAGACACUGUCGCCUCUGGGAGCAUUGUUCUACAACACCGGCCGAUAUGAGGAGGCCUUGCAGAUUUACCGGGAAGCUGCAGCCCUUCAGCCUUCUCACCGGGAGCUCCGUCUGGCCCUGGCUCAGGUUUUGGCCAUGAUGGGUCAGACGAAAGAAGCUGAAAAGAUGACCAAUCACAUUGUGUCAGAGGACACCGGAUGCCUCGAAUGCUAUCGCCUGCUGUCAGCAAUCUACAGCAAGCAGGAGCAGCACGACAAGGCACUUGGCGCUAUUGACAAGGCUCUCCAGCUGAAACCAAAGGACCCGAAGGUCAUUUCCGAACUUUUUUUCACAAAAGGAAACCAACUAAGAGAGCAGAAUCUUCUGGACAAAGCUUUUGAGAGCUAUAAAGCUGCUGUGGAACUAAAUCCAGAUCAAGCGCAAGCCUGGAUGAAUAUGGGUGGAAUCCAGCACAUCAAGGGAAACUACGUGUCUGCAAGAGCUUAUUAUGAGCGAGCCUUACUGCUGGUUCCAGACAGCAAACUGCUGCAGGAGAAUCUGGCCAAAUUGGAUCGCCUAGAAAAGCGAUUACAAGAAGUUCGGGAAAAGGAUCAAACAUAG